ACACUCGAGAUGUUUAUAAAGAGCCAGCACAAGAUGAGAAAGGUAAUCAGUAUACCCAAUUCAUCCUCACCCACCACUUCAACAACUUCAAGCUCCCUACCUUGAAAUUCUAUAUUUCAUCAUACACCGACCCAUAAUCAUCUAAACACCAACACAUUAUCAAAAUGGUCAUCAGCGUUCCCACUGCCUCCCUCGAGGGACAGGUCGCUCUCAUUACCGGUGCCGGUCGCGGCAUUGGAAGGGGUUGUGCUAUCGAGCUCGGCAAGCGCGGCGCCUCCGUCAUCGUAAACUACGUUUCCUCCGAAGGCCCAGCAAACGAGGUCUGCGAAAUCAUCAAGGGCUUCAACAACGGUGCCAAAGCCGUAGCCAUCAAGGCCGAUGUCAGCAAAGUCAGUGAGAUCAACAGACUAUUCGAGGAGGCGAAGAAGGCAUUCGGCAAGAUCAACAUCGUCAUGAGCAACUCAGGAACCGAGAGCUGGGACGUAACAGAGGAGAUCAGCGAGGAGAAGUACGACCAUGUAUUCAACCUGAACACAAGAGCACAAUUCUUCGUUGGCCAGACCGCAUACAAGCACAUCGAGGAUAACGGCCGCAUCAUCCUGAUGAGCUCCAUUGCCGCCGGCCUUCUCGGUGUCAAGGAUCACGCCCUCUACAACGCCUCCAAGAUGGCCGUCAUCGGUUUCAUCAAGGCGUUCGCAACCGACUUCGGAAAGCGCGGUAUCACCGUCAACGGUGUCGCACCAGGAGGUAUCAAGUCAGACAUGUUCACACAGAACGCUUGGCAUUACAUCCCCGGUGGCUCGCCUGACUGGCCAGCGGAGAAGAUCGAGAAUCUGAUGGCAAACCACUGCCCGCUUGGAAGGUGUGCCGUACCUGAGGAUGUUGCGAGGGUCGUCGCUUUCCUCGCAUCAGCGGACGGUGGCUGGGUCAACGGUCAAGUGCUGACCAUCUCCGGCGGAUCAUCCCAGUAAGCUGAGACUGAGGUGGUGAUGAUGAACGAAUGACGGUAGCAUUGUAUGUUUUCCAGCGCAUUUGAUAGAGAGCCCAGUUCGAAGCCAUCGCUCGAAUAAAACAACGAAUCAUAGCAAAAUCACUCGA